GAUCGUCGUCAAUUCUCCGCUCAGCACUCGAGCAACACGGACGUUUCGCGCAAAGCUAACAAUCAACUGAUUAUUCAGUUCAGUGUUUUGUGAAACCAGCAAGCUGUGUUAUUCAAAGAAAAUGUGUGAAAAGAGAACGAGAAAAAUUAAAAAAGGAUCACAAUUGGCCCGCGUUCGCGAGGCCAGACGCACCCAGCGGAUCAAUUGGCUCGCGUCCUACACCGCAAGAAGUAGCAUCCCCAAUCCAACACCAUGCCCCGCUAUGGAUGCACGAAAAACCGCACAAAACCGCGUCAUACUCGAACUAGCGUGGAAAACAGUCGCACUGAUGCACAAAAAUAGACUGAUUCAACAAAAAAUCAUCGCCCUGCAGAAAGAAACAUCAGAAUUCGUCGCCGCUAUGAUGAACAAUCCUGACAAUAGACGACGCUAUAUGGAACAGAUAAGCCUUGUAGAUGCUCAGCGUGAAAACAUCGAUGCUAUCAGACCCGUAAAAAUCGAGCCAGAUGUGUAAAUGAUAGGAGUGAAUGAUUGGAACUUUAAGAGUGAAUGAACGGUGAAACCUGAUUGUGAUCUGCGAAUUAUAUUCGUGCUUUGAUCUAAUUUUAACGUAUAUUUAUUAUAAUAAGACUUGUUAUUUGAAUCUUUCUCACUAGGGCUGAUCGAUAUUGUAAGGGAAUCGAUUAUAUACCAUGAAAAAUCCUCAUGAGACAUAUUUAAUCGAAUCGAACUCAUACGAUAUUUGUUGUAAAUUUAAAAAUGUGUGAUUGAAGAAUAUUUAUUUUAAUAUACCAGUUAAAUUUCAUUACAAUCUUAAUA